CUCAACCUCUUGGCUUUUAUACAAAACCUGUUCACUUUCGCUGACCUUGUCCUCUGGACUUCUUCAAUCACUAUACUCAACCUCGUAGAAAUUCUGUAAAUCCACGAUACGAGCUGCUAAUAUCUUUUCUUGCGACGACUGACUAUUAGCUACUAUACUGACGACGUCAUCGCAUUUACUUGUGGUCAGCUUCACUUAUACACCUCUCAAACACACCUCAAGUCCUAAACCUUUCAAAAGAAAAUGAAUCCCUCUGAUGUUCCAGAUGAACCUCCGCCUUCAUACGCUGAGAGCCAGAACCAGCAUAAGAAGCUCCCGGCACAACCACCGCCUGCAGCUACAGCUCCACAGCCAAAAGCAUCAUCAUCAGCAUCACAAGCUCCUCCUCCUCCUCCAACUGCCGGCCCCAGCCAACCAUCGGCUGUUCCACGCCAAUUCCCACCGGCGUUCAAUCUCUACUAUCAAGGAUGGCCCAGUAAUUCCUAUACACUUGCUGAACAUCAAAACCACCCUCUCUAUCUCUACUCCGCACAUUCCGGCCUGAGUGAUCUACCGCCAAUUCUUUUACACUCUGGUCCAGACCCGUCAUAUUCACCUCUGGCUUCUGCAAGAUUCAUGUUCAUGAGUGCUAGUUUCGAAGUCGAAUUGCCUCCAGUGCCAGGCUCGGGAGCUCCAUUGGCACGCGAAGUAGUUGAACCAGUAGGUUCACACAGUGGUCUCGGUACAGGCUAUAGCUUUGCUAUUGAAGUCGGACCAGGAGGCAAUGGACCACGGGAGAGAUUCGAGUGGAGGCGCUCACGUGGAGAUGUCAUAGCAAGCUUGGGUGGUCAUUAUUAUGGCUGGAAGCUUGUGCGUAUGAGCCGUGGUGCUCCUGGAGGAGGAAAUAUGGCGUUUGCGCCAGGCGGCUUUAAAGAUAGCCGAGGAAACGAAGUUGUUGCAGCUUGGACGAUGGGCGAUGGAAGAAGUUUGACAAAGGUUGCGCAUUUUCGAUUUAUGGGAACGGGCUUGACAGGACUUCUUGGAGAGAGAUGGGCUAUUAUGGUGGUGAUAACAGGGCUGGCCUUAUUUCACAGAGACCGAAGAUGACAGUCUUGACUCUUCUCGAAAAGGCACUACUUAUAUGUCGGUCUUGAUUUAUGUACCAUAUACCCUCUCUUGGCAAUACUAAUAUUUUAAUAUGAGCUGCAGGCAUUUUCGCACUCUA